AUGAAUUAUAUUGCAAAGUAUGCGGCAAAAGCAGAAAAGAGUUCAGAAAGUUAUCAUCAAAUGUUAAUGCGACUUGCAAAUAUAGAAAAUCCUGAGGAAGCAGCAUCAAGGGCAUAUAGGAGACUUCUAAUAGAAACACUCAUUGAGAGGGACAUUGGAGCACAAGAAACAUGUCAUAUGUUACUAGAGUUACCAUUGGUAGAAAGUAGUAGAGUUUUUGUUACUUUAAAUGUUUCAAAAGAGGUGUUCAAGCCAGUAAUAACAAAUGAAGAAAAUGAUGAUGAACGUCACCUAAAACAUUUCAUUGAAGGAUACAUGGAUAGACCAUAUGCAAUGGAAAGUGUCACACUUAUAGAUGCAGCUAGAUCAUGGACUUAUAAUUCCAAGAGAAAAAGAGAUAACAAAUGGGAAGCAAGGACUAUAGCAGCUAUUGUGAGGGUGUUUCCAAGAUUUACCACUAUACCUACACGUCAAUCAGAAAAAUGGGCUGAUUUUUGUUGGUCAAAGUUAUUGUUGUACAAGCCAUUUCGUAAUAUCCAAAGAGAUAUUGGACUUGAUGAUAACAUAGUUAUAUCAAAUUGGGAGUCACUCAACUAUAAUCCAUGGCAUUUGGAAUGA